AAAGGGUAGGCCAUUAACCAUUUUAAUCCGAUUUCAAAAUUCAAAUUGGGGAAAUGGCGACGAGCGAUAUCAAGGGUUUCUACAAGCAAAGGAAGAAGAGUGGCGUCGGAAAAGCCGCUGCCGCCGCUUCAUCGAAGAAGAGAUCCGGGAAAUCACGCGCUGGCGUUUCUUUGGGAGCCGGUGAUCCGGCGCAGACUCCGGCUCUCGUUGCCCAUGGCUCCUUCGAUCUCCACGAUGAGUAUGAUGAGAUGGAGGUGAAGCUGAGGCAGUUCGACAUGGAUAUGAAGUAUGGACCGUGCCUAGGGCUUACUCGGCUGGAGCGCUGGAACAGGGCGGAGUCCAUGGAGCUCCAUCCGCCAUUAGAAUUGGGAUCAAUACUUAAAGCACAAGCAGGAGGAGGAGGAGGAGGAGCAGCAGCAACGACACUGGUGGAGUGUCUUUGGGAGGGGCGUGUUUAGUACUUAUAGUUCUCUGUUAAAGAAGAACAUAGCUUUUGAUGCCUAUGCUGAGCAUCACUAUCAUCUAUCUUUACGAGUUUCAUGUGAUCAACUUUCGCAAUGUUGCUUGUCUUAACCACUGGUUAAUUCUGGUUUA